UUUGUCCUCUAAUGCAUUAAUUAGGGUAGAAUGGUCCGUGAAAACAAUCUUAAAAAGUGAAAUCUACAGUCUAUAAACAGAUUAAAAGGAACAAGAAAAAUCAAUUCUACAAAAGAUCUCUAUACAACCAAGAAAGCUACUCUUACUUGAAACUCUCUUUCUUCAACAAGCCAAAAAAAAUGGCUACUCCUCUCAGAAACAACAGCAGGCUCUCUAUUGCCAUGGAGAGGACUGGCCAAUGGGUAUUUUCCCAGGAAAUUCCUACUGAUGUUGUUGUGGUAGUUGGUGAAGCAAACUUCUCUCUCCAUAAGUUUAUGCUGGUAUCAAAGAGCAAUCGUAUAAGGAAAUUGAUAAUGGAAUCUAAAGAACCAGACUUGACAAGGAUAGAUCUAUCAGACAUACCUGGAGGUCCUGAAAUAUUUGAAAAAGCUGCGAAAUUCUGCUAUGGAGUCAACUUUGAAAUCACAGUUCAUAACGUAGCUGCUCUUCGCUGUGCGGCAGAGUAUCUACAGAUGACUGAUUUAUACUGCGAUAAUAACCUCGCUGGCCGUACCGACGAUUUCCUCUCUCAAGUCGCCUUGUCUAGUCUCUCUGGAGCCAUUGUCGUCUUGAAAUCCUGCGAAGAGCUUCUUCCUUUGACUGAAGACCUCAAAAUCGUCCAGCGAUGCGUUGAUGUCAUCAGCGUGAAGGGCUGUAAUGAAGCAAAUUUUCCGAGCCGGUCGCCGCCGAACUGGUGGAAGGAGGAGCUGUCGAUUUUAGAUGUAGAAUUCGUGGGGAAAAUCAUUACUGCAAUGAGACAACGUGGCGCGAAACCACUAACCCUAGCGAGUGUUCUCAUAACUUACGCAGAGAGAAAUCUACGAGAUCUAGUUCGAGAUCAUACCGGCAAAGGCAUGAAAUCGUCGCUGGAUUCUGACGAUUCCGAUGUUCGGAGCAGUCAACGGGAGCUUCUACAAUCUAUAGUCUCACUUUUGCCAUCUGAAAAAGCUGCUUUUCCGAUCAAUUUCCUCUGUUGCCUUCUCCGAUCGGCUAUUUUCCUCAACGCCUCAAGUUCCUGCAAAAACGAGUUAGAGAAACGGAUCUCUGCAAUACUAGAGCAUGUGACUGUUGAUGAUCUUCUGGUUUUGUCUUUCACUUACGAUGGUGAGAGACUGUUUGAUUUAGACAGUGUGAGGAGGAUUAUAUCUGGAUUUGUGGAGAAGGAGAAGACCAUGGCUGUGUUUAGCAGUGGCGAUUUCAAGGAUACAUGUUCCACGGCGAUACAGAGAGUUGCAAAAACUAUUGACGCCUAUCUUGGCGAGAUAGCUACCUAUGGUGAAGUUGGUAUCUCCAAAUUCAAUGGAAUCGCCAUUCUAGUUCCCAAAGGAGCAAGGAAGGUUGAUGAUGAUCUCUAUCGCGCCAUUGAUAUCUAUCUAAAGGCCCAUCCGAACCUGGAUGAGAUCGAGCGAGAGAAGGUGUGCAGUGUGAUGGAUCCGUUGAAACUAUCAUACGAAGCAAGACUUCAUGCUUCUCAAAACAAGCGUUUACCAGUACAGAUCGUUUUGCACGCCUUAUACUAUGAUCAGCUGAAGCUAAGAAGCGGAGUAGUCGAAAGUAGCACCCCAGAGACUCCGGUUUCUAAUACAAAAAAUCAAUUACAGACGGACGUGUCUUUGAUCAGAGAGAACGAGGCGUUGCGAUCGGAGCUCACGAAAAUGAAGCUUUACAUUUCUGAUAUGCAAAAGAAUAGUAAUCAAGGAUCUUCAACGAAGAGCGGAAGUCGAAAACCUACCUUCUUUUCAUCCAUGUCCAAGACUUUGGGGAAGUUGAACCCUUUCAAACAUGGAUCUAAGGAUACUUCUCAUCUUGAUGAUGGUGCUGGGAUUGAUAUUACAAAGCCUAGGAGAAGAAGGUUCUCUAUUUCUUAAUUGUAGAAUUGGAUUUGUGUGUGUAUAAUUAAUUACUAGUUACAUGAUAGUCAUUUGUUUGUUUGUGUUGUAAAUUUAUUCUUGUGAUCGACCUUAUUCUAUUUGAACUUUUGUGAGAGAGAGGAUAUUCUAGUUUGUGAAAUUGUGUUAUUAUUAUUUUUUUAUUAUUAUUUUUUCAAA